AUGACCGUCCAACCGUGGGGUAACGUCGUAGCGGCGAGAUGUGGUGAUGCGGCUUGUGGGUUUGGCCGGUCCAGGCGUGACGUGACAGUCAAAGCUGUCUCUAGGGAGAGGAAGGACCUCGACUGGGCUUGGAAUGACUGUUUUGCCGUUCACGCAGCGCUUGGCGACAUGGAGUGCGAGGAAACACACGGACCGACGUACGAGGGCGGCGGCGGCGUGGACGAGGACGUGGACGAGCAGAAGAAAGGCGCAACCGACGUCGAUGAUGAGACGGGGGAUGAGAGGCGUGUGAUAAUGGCAAACAGGCCCGGUGCGCUGGGAUGCAGAUAG